AUGCAAUUCUCCAAGCUUCUCAGUAUCGUCGUUGGUCUUUUGGCCACGGCAGAAGCUGUCUCGGUCCAAAAACCUCGCAUUGCUCCUCGCAUUGCUCCCCGCGCUCAACAACAAAAAUAUAACUUGAAGCUCAACACUGUUCAUGCUGCUGCUGCAACUAGUUCUGCUAUUCAGCAUAUGAUCAUUCAGGGUAUUGUUACUAGAUCUGCCGUUGAUAGCAGUAAUGGAACUACCAUUUAUGAUGAUUCUAUCUCCUUCCUCUUCAACGACCCUAACAGCAACACCUCCACCGCCUGCAACGACGAUUUCCAAGGCACAGCCAGCACCACCCAAUUCCCCACGGGCUGGGUUCCCUGCAACAACAACGGCAACCUGAUGGAUGAUUUCUACUGGCAAUUCACUGAGUAUCGAAAUCUUACUAGUUUCAAUAUUGAGUUGAUUCAUGCUUUUGUUGGUUCCAACAACGCAGGCGAAGUCCUCAGAUCGGCAGCUACACCCAUCACCCUUACCUGCGCAGAUGUAAAUCAUGUCGAUGGAUGUUAUUCGAACCAAACCAUCUCAAUCCCAGUUGCGAUCGCUACCGAAUAG